CCACCCCCGCUCCCCCUCUCCCAUUCACACUCAACACAGAGCAGCAGCAGCAGCAGCAGCAGCAGCGCACACUGUUCUUGUGCCGAGGAAUUAUUUAUUGCCACCGCAUCGAUUCUUAGUACCGGGAAAUUGAUUACUCAAUCCCCUCUGGUUCCUCCAUCCACCCCAUGUUCCUGAAUUUCUCAGGAUAUUUUCCUCCGCUCCGCGCCAGGGCAGCAUUUGCUCGAGAUUUAUAGCCCCCCUCCCCCCGCUUUUGCCGGUCCCUUCUGCUUGUCCUCUUUUCCCCCACUGGGGAGGUUAACAUCCGGCACAAGCAAAGCGCCGGUUCUUGGUGCAGUUUCUGUGCGCUCCCUUUUUGGCUGCAAGAUCUGAUACAAAGAGGAGAGGGAGAGCCGGGAGAGGAAGGGAGGUUCUUGUGGAAUUCUUCGGCGAUGAGGCCCGACGCGCGGCUGGAUUCGGUGGUCUUCCAGCUCACCCCCACCCGGACCAGGUUCGAUUUGGUGCUGAUAGCAAAUGGCCGGAAGGAGAAGUUUGCAUCUGGCUUGCUGAAACCGUUCCUGGCGCACCUGAAGGUCGCACAGGAUCAGAUUGCCAAGGGAGGGUACUCGAUCACGCUCGAACCAAGCUCAGGGUUCGAUGCGCCAUGGUUUACUAGAGGCACUGUGGAGAGAUUUGUGCGUUUCGUGAGUACUCCGGAGGUUCUUGAGCGAGUCACAACACUAGAGUCUGAGAUCCUGCAGCUUGAGGAUGCCAUCGCUAUCCAGAGCAAUGAUAAUCUUGGAUUAAAAUCUGUCGAAGACCAUGGAAGAAAGUUGACUGAAAGCAAUGAAGGUGUCCGGACAAAUUCUGAUCCUGAUGCAGCCACGGCAAUUGUUGUCUACAAGCCUGGGUCACAUUCAACGCCACCAGUUCAGAAUGAAACAACAGCGCAGGAGGAGAAUUCAAAAGUUCAACUUCUCAGAGUGCUUGAAACCCGCAAAACUGUCUUGAGAAAAGAGCAGGCAAUGGCUUUCGCCCGUGCUGUGGCGGCUGGGUUUGACAUUGACAACUUGGGUUACCUGAUUGCAUUUGCAGAGCGGUUCGGUGCUUUACGUCUGAUGAAGGCAUGUUCCCAUUUCGUUGAACUGUGGAAGCAGAAGCACGAAACUGGACAAUGGAUUGAAGUUGAACCUGAAGCAAUGUCUACACGCUCUGAAUUUCCUCCAUUCAAUGCAUCUGGCAUUGUGUUCAUGGGAGACAACAUGAAGCAAAACAUGGAAUCAGGGUCUGUUAAUGGGGAGGCAAAUGGCGAGGAUGGAGCUAAAUCUGACCAGAAGCCUGGCCAGCAGAUGGGAUCUCAGGCAGCAUAUCCCCCAUGGGCAAUGCAUCCUCCAUCUGGGGCAGUUGUUUAUCCUCCUUACCCAAUGCAAGGAAUGCCUUUCUAUCCUGGGGUGAAUCCGUACUACCCUCCAUAUCCUCCAAUGGAUGAUCCUAGGUACCACUACUCUGGAAGGAAAUCUUCGAGGAAGCACUCCUCGGAUAGUAAAGACUCAGAAACUCUGGAUGUUGAAAGUGACCAUAGCAGUUCAGACAGAGGAAGUUAUCAUGGUCGCAAGUCACAUAGAAAGGGUAAGAGGUCAGGAAAGAAGAAGCCUAGUGUAGUUGUUAUCAAGAAUGUGAAUGUAACAUCUAAAAAGCAUGGCUCAUCAGAGAGCGAGUCACAAUCAAGUUCUGAUGUGUCUGAGGAGAGUGACGAUUCACACUCAAAAUCAAGAGAAAGGAAGCAUAAAAGCUCAAGUUCGAAGAAAAAGGAGGGAAGGAAAACUACUGAUUCAGGAGACGAGUAUAGCAAGGAUGAAACAUCAAAUGGUCAAGAUGCAGAGCAAGGUAACUGGAGUGCAUUCCAAAACUUCUUGUUAAGAGCAGAAGAAAAAACAAGGUCCAGUGAUGCAGACAUGUUUGCUGGUGAAAAAGAACCCCCAUCGAGGAGGAAAAAGAAUGUAAUCACUGCUGAUCCUAUUCUUUUAGCUGAGAGAGAUUCUGGCAAUGUCCAUGAACGUAACACAGUUGGUUUUGAUUCAGUCAAUGGGAGGACUAGAGCUAUCCGGCUUAUGUCUGAUGAUGAACUUGUUAUGUCUGGGGAAGGGAGAAGCUAUACUAACAGUGAAAUGAAGGAGAUAGAAGCUGGUGGUGGAAGGUACAGGAGAGGGACAGGUGAUGACUUCAUGGUUUGUGGUCAGGAAAGUCAGAUAGACAGAAGUAAUCUGUUGGAUCCUCUUGCAGAGGCCCGGUACAAGAAUCCUGCUCAGCAGGACAAGAAUAGGAAUGAUGUGGCAGAUGAGUCCUUUAUGAUUCCUCUUAGGUCCAGCUCACAGGAUAAUUUUGGAGCAGAAAGCAGAACUACUAUUGACAUAGAUGUUGAGCUUCCUACUAGCAUUCAUAAAACAUCAGAUGAAAAGGCUGGACAUCAACUUUACUAUGAGCCGGAUGAAUUGGUGCCAGAUCGUGGAUUUGAAGAUGUUUCAUUUGGAUAUGAUCCAGCAAUGGAUUAUGAUAGCCACAUGCUGAUGCAGACUACUGUGAAGGUGGACGAUGCAAAAGCAGAUGAUGUCUUGCCGGUUACUGACGCUGAUGUAAAGAAGGCAGAUAAAGAGAAGCUAAGGAAUGCAAAGGAUGGUUCGGACAAAAGAAGGAAAGAUGCCCUAUUGAGGAGGCUAUCAGCUCCAAGGACCCCACUGAAUGAUGCACAAAAACGUGCACAGAACCUGCGGGCAUAUAAAGCAGAUCUUCAGAAACUGAAGAAAGAGCAGGAAGAAGAGCAAAUAAAGCGACUGGAGAGACUUAAAUUAGAAAGGCAAAAGAGGAUUGCCGCAAGAGGAAAUGGGAAGAGUACAGGGAGCGAUACUCCUAAAGCAAAUGGUACCAAUGGAUUGAGUAAAUCAGUUCCAUCCUUCACUGGGGUGAAGAAAGAGAAAAAUGGGACAACUGAAUCAUUCAGUGAUCGGCUGAAGAGACUUUCUGAACCGAAGAGCAUUGCUGGGGUGGAGCAUUCCUCGAAUCCAAGGUCAAACGGUGCAGACCAUUCACGGAGAAGAAGCAUGGCAUGAGUUGACGUGAUAUGGAGAACUGAAUAUGUUAAAUCUAUCAUGCAACUUAGCCCAGCAACCUCACUAGAACCCGGAACAACAUCUUGAAAGGCUUCUUGUACAGGAAAAGAAAAAAGGCUGGUAUUGGGGCAAACCUGCUUCAGAGAUUGUGAUUGAAAAUCAAGUUAUCUUCAAUGGCAUGGCAUUGUACUUUCAAUUUAACAUAAUUAUUUCAUUCUUUAAUGGAGGGUGGCUUGUAAUAGCUGUAAACCUGUUUUUUUGGCGAUACCGUGCUAUAUUGUGGGUGUAUUUAUGGAAUGGAUUGAUCGGUGCUCAA